CCUGGUUCCUCAGAUUACGUACGAGUCUGGCGUUUUACCACUAGACCACACUGCCGCCCUUUUUCCAUUCUUAUUGUUUAGAUAUCAAUUUGAUGGAGACAACAGGGGAUGAAAGCCUAAAUGAUGUAACAGGGAAUGAAAAUAAUGCUUCAGAACCACAAGAAGUAGAUGAAGAGCUGAUAAGUAUAGUUCAACAACGACCAGCCUUGUAUGAUCCUCGUAUACCACUUCAAGAAAGAACUAAAUUAAAGAAAAAAGAUCUAUGGCAGGAAGUCAGUAAUUGUCUAGGAGAAGUAUCACCUGUUGGCGCCGAAAAAAGAUGGCAAUAUUUAAGAGAUUGUUAUACAAAAGCUAGGAGAAAUUUUAAGAAAAUACAGAGCACUGAAAAAAGGAGUGGUGCCGCAGGUACUUCCAUAAAUGAAAGAAAUAAACCAUCUUUCCGCUAUUACGAUGCAAUGAGUUUUCUUAAUGAUACAUUAGAAUAUGAAGAAACAUGUACAUCUUUAAGAUUUCCAAACAGGAAAGACACAGCUCAAGUAACGAAUAACCUUCCUGUUCAAAUUCACCUAUAUAUAGCUAUGAAUAACAGCAACGAUUUAGAAAACAGGCCACCUUUAACAUCACCGGGUAUCUCUGAAUUGUCUGUAGCGACUUCAUCUUCACGAAAAAGACAACAUUCAAAUAACAUCGACGAAGUAGAUAGAGCUUUUUUACAGACUUUAAGCACGAAUAUUCAACCUAAUCCUAUUGAUGGGUUUAUAUUGGCAGAAGGAAUGCGUCGACUUCCUUACAGGGAAAGGUCACAGUUAGCAUUGGAGUUUUUAAUAAUAUUGCGUGAAAUGGAGGAAAAAUUGGGACUAUUAAAUAAUUAA